AUCAACCCAUUCACGUCAUUCUAAAACCCUAGCCACCGCUAGUCUGAUCGCUAAGGGCACUGGAGGGGUUUGGAAGGCCAAGCACUCUCGUUUGGCGCCCGAAGGACGCCGAUUCGCUGCUGUGUCUUCUACACCGACAAGAACGCCUACUUCCUCUACGGAUCAGGCGUAAAUGGCUGCUGCAACUGCUAACGCUGUGAACACUGUGACGGGCUACCUGAAGUCCAUUGAGCCCCUGAAUGGCACCAACUAUCCAAGCUGGUAUAAAGAUGUUCAGGUGGCCAUUGCUGUGUGCGAGUAUGAUCUCGCCUUACGUCAAGACAAGCCAGCAGAGCCCGCUGAUCCCAAUGGUGAUCGUACUGCCAUUGAGAAGUGGGAGAGAUCAGACAGGAUGGCCAACAUGAUCAUUAAAACACGAUCACUCCGGCCAUCUGUGGUGCUAUUCCUGAUAAGGACAAGGAUGGUAAUGAUCUGA